UCGGGAGAGAUCUCGCCUUUCGCCGAGGAGAGGAAAGAACCAGAGAGAGAUCUCGCCGUGUUCCUUGGUGGAGGAGAGAAACAGAUGGAGGGGGUCGUUCGCCUUCGAUGAUGACAGCCACCGAGAAAGACGCCGCCGUUUCGUCGAACAGAGUCACCGAUCGCAAAAGAUGUCGCCUUUCGCCACAGAGAAAGAAGGAGAAAGAGAAAGAAAGAAAAAAAAACGCGACGGAAGCCUACGACACCUCUCCUCCAGCCAAUUCCAUUGGAGAUGUUCUUAAGGAACAGCCUUAAGCUACUGCAUUAAACGGGCUCUAAUAGAUGAGCCGAAGUUUGGGGAUACCGGUGAAGCUUCUUCACGAGGCGUCGGGUCAUAUAGUGACGGUUGAGCUAAAGAGCGGCGAACUAUACAGAGGAAGCAUGAUCGAGUGUGAGGAUAACUGGAACUGUCAGCUCGAGGACAUCACCUUUACCGCUAAGGUCAAUAAAGAUGAUGGUAAAGUAUCACAGCUUGAGCAUGUCUUCAUUCGAGGCAGCAAAGUCAGGUUUAUGGUCAUACCUGACAUUCUCAAGCAUGCUCCAAUGUUCAAGCGCUUAGAUGCUAGAAUCAAGGGAAAGAGCGGAUCACUGGGUGUUGGCAGAGGUAGAGCUGCAAUGCGAGGGAAAGCUCUGGCUACUGGGCGUGGAACUGGAGGAAGGGGAGCGGUACCACCUGUGAGGAGAUGAUUGAAUCUAUGCUUUAACACGUAAGCUUCGAUUCUGAGACAAAAACCAAUGUUCUUCUUUAACAAGGAGGCAAACAAGAGAGAAAGAGAGAUAUGUCCAGAUGCACUAUUAGUUCUGUAUUUUGGGGGUACUACUAAGAUGUUAAAACAUUCACAACGUUUCCUCAUGAUAUGUUUUUCUCAUAUUCCAUUUUCUGGCAGUAGAUUUAAUUAAACAACACACAUGAUUUAUCCAACUUGUAAAUAAGAGAAAAUUCGGCUGA